GAAAAUGCAGAAGCCUCCAGAAGCUGUAGAUUUUGCACUAAAGGAGACCUCACCGAACAUUGGUGCGGGUGCUAUCUCAACGGAUAAGCUCUCGUGCACCUAUGACCUUGUCGAGCAAAUGCAAUAUCUAUAUGUUCGAGUUGUGAAAGCCAAGGAUUUGCCUGCAAAAGAUGUUACAGGCAGUUGUGAUCCUUAUGUUGAGGUUAAAAUGGGAAACUAUAAAGGAGUUACUAAGCAUUUCGACAAGAAGACGAACCCUGAGUGGAAUCAGGUCUUUGCUUUCUCGAAAGAGAGAAUUCAAGCUUCGAUAUUGGAAAUUUCCGUGAAAGAUAAGGAUGUUGUUUUAGAUGAUUUGAUUGGAAGGGUUCUGUUUGAACUCAACGACGUUCCAAAACGCGUUCCUCCUGAUAGCCCCUUGGCGUCGCAGUGGUAUAGGUUGGAAGAUCGGAAAGGCGAUAAAAUCAAGCACGGAGAGCUGAUGGUGGCUGUUUGGAUGGGAACUCAAGCAGAUGAGUCAUUUCCAGAUGCUUGGCAUUCGGAUGCAGCAUCAGUCGGUCCUGAUGGGGUUAUAAACAUCCGGGGAAAGGUAUAUCUUUCGCCUAAGCUUUGGUAUGUGAGAGUCAAUGUGAUUGAAGCUCAGGAUUUGAUGCCUAGUGACAAGAAUCGAUUUCCUGAAGCUUUUGUGAAGGUGACAUUUGGCAAUCAAGCGUUGAGGACUCGCGUAUCACAAACUAAGAGCAUUCAUCCAAUGUGGAAUGAGGACUUGAUAUUCGUAGCAGCUGAACCUUUCGAGGAGCCGUUGAUUUUGACAGUGGAAGAUAAAAUAGGAUCCAAAGAUGAAAUUUUGGGCAAAUGUGUGAUCCCCUUACAGCUAGUGCAGAGGCGGUUAGACCAUAAGCCUGUUAUCACAAGAUGGCAUAAUCUCGAAAAGCAUGUGAUCGGUGAAGUCGACCACAAGAAAGAGGUGAAAUUUGCUAGUCGGAUCCAUUUAAGGGUAUGUUUGGAUGGUGGAUAUCAUGUUUUGGAUGAAUCUACACACUACAGCAGCGAUCUUAGGCCAACAGCAAAGCAGCUAUGGAGGCCAAGUAUUGGGAUUUUGGAAGUGGGGAUCUUAAGCGCUAUAGGGCUAAUCCCCGUCAAGACAAAAGAUGGUCGAGGAACUACAGACGCGUAUUGUGUUGCGAAAUAUGGUCAGAAAUGGAUCCGUACGAGGACGAUAGUUGGCAGUUUUACACCAAAGUGGAAUGAGCAGUAUACUUGGGAAGUUUUUGAUCCUUGCACUGUCAUUACCAUAGGGGUAUAUGACAAUGGCCAUUUAUAUGGAGGAAAGGAUACAAGAAUUGGGAAAGUACGGAUUCGACUGUCGACGCUCCAAACUGAUAGAGUUUACACACACUCAUAUCCUCUUAUAGGUCUGCAACAAUCUGGAGUGAAGAAAAUGGGUGAAGUGCAAUUAGCUGUACGGUUUACGUGCUCGUCGUUGAUCAAUAUGUUACAUAUGUAUUCGCAUCCAUUGUUACCCAAAAUGCACUACAUUCAUCCAUUAUCUGUGAUUCAGCUAGAUAGUUUGAGGCACCAGGCAAUGCAGAUUGUGUCGAUGAGGCUGAGCCGAUCUGAGCCGCCUCUUAGGAAGGAGGUUGUGGAACACAUGCUAGAUGUUGAUUCCCAUAUGUGGAGUAUGAGGAGGAGUAAAGCCAAUUUUUUCAGAAUUAUGAAUGUUUUACGAGGCUUAAUCACUGUCGGAAAAUGGUUUGAUCAAAUCUGCAAUUGGAAGAAUCCUCUUACAACAAUUCUGAUUCAUGUUCUGUUCAUAAUUUUAGUUCUGUAUCCUGAGCUUAUACUCCCCACAGUUUUCCUAUACCUUUUCUUGAUUGGCAUUUGGAACUUCAGGAGGAGACCGAGGCAUCCUCCUCACAUGGACACACGCCUUUCGCACGCUGACGCAGCGCAUCCCGACGAGCUUGACGAAGAAUUCGACACAUUUCCAACUUCCAAGUCAUCAGAUAUGGUCAGAAUGAGAUAUGAUCGUCUCAGAAGUAUCGCGGGGAGGGUUCAGACUGUCGUAGGCGACUUGGCGACUCAAGGAGAACGGCUCCAAUCAUUGAUCAGUUGGAGAGACCCCAGAGCAACAACUUUGUUUGUAAUAUUCUGUCUCAUUGCUGCUAUAGUUCUCUAUGUCACACCCUUCCAAGUUGUGGCUCUUCUUUACGGAAUUUACGUGUUACGACAUCCGAGGUUUCGCCAUAAGCUUCCGUCAGUUCCUUUAAAUUUCUACAGGAGGCUGCCUGCAAGAUCUGAUAGCAUGAUAUGAAACAUUCUGUGACAUUGUAUCAUGUUAAUCUAACUGUCAUUGUUACAGUUCUGAUGCUGUAUUUAUGUUUCAUGAAGUGAAUUUGAUUAGAUUUGGGAGUUGAGGGCAAUUCUUUAUGGCAAAGAUUUGUAAUAAUACCAUUAUUAUUGUGUUUUAAUUAUUAUUAUUAUUAUUA